AUGCCUAUCGACCUCCCUAAAGCCAACACUGCGUUGAUCGUGAUCGACGUCCAAGAAGGGUUCCGCCAGCCUCCCUACUCGGACCUGGAACGGUCGACGCCUGAGUUCGAAUCGAACGUCGAGAGCUUGAUCGCCGCCUUCCGCGACAACGGGCUGCCCAUCGUGCACAUCCACCACCACUCGACGUCACCUGAUUCCCCGUUCCAUCCCACGAACAACCCGACCGGCGUCCAGCCGCAGUCGUUCGCUGAACCCGUUGACGGAGAACACGUGUUGAUCAAGCACGUGAACUCCAAACUGCAGACGCUCAACUUUGACGCGGAAACCGUCCAAGAGAUCUCCCUCGGCGUGCUGCACAACGAAUUCGCCACCGUGUUGGAGACCGUCGACCACGUGAACUCGUCCUUCAUCGGCACAACGUUGGAACAGCUCCUCCACACGAACAAGUGGAACGUCCUCGUCAUCGCGGGCCUCACGACCUCGCACUGCGUGAGCACCACCGCCGCCGUCCGAAUGGCCGGCAACUUGGGCUUCACCGUGUUCCUCCCAUGCGACGCCACCGCCAUGUUCGAGCACACGACCGCCCCAGGCAGCAAACUGCAGACGCUCAACUUUGACGCGGAAACCGUCCAAGAGAUCUCCCUCGGCGUGCUGCACAACGAAUUCGCCACCGUGUUGGAGACCGUCGACGUCUUGGCUGCUUUGUCCCCGUAG